AUGGACUCAAGACCUCCGAUGCAGCCUGACGACGAUACUCACUGGCAGCAGCCUCCGAAUCCAAACUAUCCAGUGGCCUAUUGGCCGCACCACGUUUUCACGUUUAUCCCGAGCCAUGCCAUGCCGCUACCGGACCCUGGGAUGUAUCCCGCACUUCCGCUCCCUUCUCACAUCGGUCCAAUCAGCACUGCACAACUUGAACCUCUGCCCUCGGCGGGUUUAAAUACCCACACAAAUCCAUCCCAGGGCACAGGCCGCGCAACGCAAACAAAGCGUUCUGAGGACGAGAAGCUUGAGCACAUGCUCGCCGAACUCAAGGAGAUCAAUUGGACGCUCUCACGCUUCCUGAACCACCUUUUCCGGCUCAAGGACGAUGACCAGAAGCCAGUGCACCGGAGUGUGUCACACGGCCUCACGAUACGUCGCUUCCUCAGCGGGCAGUCGAAGUACAAGCCAAUCGAUAUCAUCGACUGCUGGCUUCAUGACCCUGCAGGUCGGCCAGACCCGGAGGUAGAGGAUGACAAGAUGUACUCACUCGAGAAGCCAUUCCUCGAGAUACCAUCUGCGCGGGCCGCAUUGACGUCGAUGGUCGUACAGUUGUGUUACCGGAAGCUUCUCAAGGAGAUGCGGAGUGCGGUGAAGGGCUCGAGUGGGCUGCAUGGCAGUCAAGUUGGAAAACGAGGGCAUAAGGAAUUGGCAUGGGACGACCUAGGAGUGCAGACCAUCAAGGCUGUCAGAUCGAUUGCAGAGAAGCACCAGCCACUCACCCUCCAGUUUCUAACCAUGCUUGCUUCGCCUGAACCUCACAAACGAAAUGGUGUAGUCGCUGUAAGGAAGACAAGGCCGCCAGAUCUUGUUGCCGUCGAAGUAACCAGUUUGCUGAACUUCUCCCACACGAAGUUCGCGCGUUUACACGCUUCUGCGCGUGCAAUCAUGUUCUUCGCGAACGGCGCCUCGCGAGGGAUCUUCAACUACGGUAGCCGCAUCGCGUUUUCGCAGAGCUACACUGCGACCUAUGCGACGCUGGCGCGUAUGUCAGCACAGCGCGCAGAAUACCUAAAGAAGGUCGGGAGGGACAGACGUACCGGGUUGGCAAUGCGCUUCGACAACGUGCAACAGCAUACGAAGGAACGCGAGCGCCGCAUGGGACGUGAGAACGUCAUGAAGAUAGGUGUUGCGGGAACAGUUGCGGAGAUGUUCGACUACAAUCCAGACGUCGCCGAUGUCAAAACACGGAUGCACCUACUCAAUCAGAACAAACGCGCGACACUUGACGUUGAUUCCCUGUUCGAAGUGAUUGAUACCGGUCAUCUGCGGCAGGUCUUCGUCAUGCAGUGGCUCCAAACCCUCGUCAAUUACGUCCCCGAGCUCGCACAUUACAAGCCAAAGGUUUCCGAGCUCUUCCGCACACAAGCAUCAAAGUUCCGUGUCACUGAUCAGAAGACAAUCAUCCAUCCACUCGGCACUGCUGCAAAAAACGAGAACAUCACCACUGAGCUCCGUGACACCAUGAUAGACUUCCUGGGGCAGAUCGGACAAUGCGAGGACGAUUACGAUCAUGAUCGCCUCAUUUUUGUUGGCGGCGAUGGACUCACUUUCGAGCGGCUCCUCAAGCUCAAGGAGUACAUGCAGUUCCAGGACAGCGCAUUCAAGCGCUUCGAGAAUGUUGUUCCAUUUCUUGAAACCUGGCAUACGGAGUGGACCUAUGUCAACUUGAUGUUCGAGACGCACUGGGGUCAUAGCCUCACCAACGAUCCAUCAAAGCUUGGUCAUAGCGCAACCAAGAUUGACCAGAAGGAGCCGCCGAACCUCAAGAAGGUCGACUACUAUUCCUCAAUCUACGUUGCCUAUCUUGUACUUGAUGUUCGCAUGCUCGACUGCUUCCGGCUCCAUUUCGAGACGCCAGACAUCUUUGUAUACUUCAAGGAACUGGCCAGCCGAGACGCAUUGCCAUCACUAGAAUACCUAUACAAGACUUCAGAAACUCUGUAUGCGAGAUAUAUGUCCCGCCGAGCAUACGAGGUUGCACUCACCGGUGAUAGAGUUACCGAGACACUGGGUAUCCCAUUGUCAUCCGAGCCCUGGCGGGACCUUGGUGAUGCUAGUACGAGUCAUGCGUUCACAUCAGGAAAAUCCCUCCUUGGGAAUUACAACGAACAGACAGAGAUUCUCCAUAAUACGUAGAGUUUUGAAAAUUCUGACGCUGUUCGCAAUAACACUCCGUAUUGUUGACCA